CACGCACGACCCUUUUCCUGGUGGCAAAGGGUUUUUGGUAUCGCCUCUUCCCCGUCCUUUCCUCCACUCGGUUGCCUAUUGAAUCCGUGUCCAGCAUUGUCAACCGAGGCUCCAGGGAUUAUCUUCCGUACAGGUUUUUUCAGAGCAAGAUCAAUAGACAGAUGCAAAUUAGAGAAAGAGAUAAAAUCCAUGAUAAUAAAGGUAGUUAAACAAAGGAUGGAGACAACUCACGAGAAGGAUCUUCUGCAAAUGAUACUUGAAGGAGCCAAAAAUACUGGUGAUUUGUCAGAUAUCUCUCCUGACAAGUUCAUCGUGGAUAAUUGCAAGCUUAUAUAUAUUGGCAGCUACGGGACUGUUGCCAUCACAGCAUCAUGGAGCUUGAUGUUAUUAGCUGCAUAUCCCGAAUGGCAAGCCCGUGCUCGUGCUGAGGUGCUUGAAAUGUGUAAACGCGGCCUUCCAGAUGCUGAUACGAUCCUUAACAUGAAACAGGUCGGAGUCAGGUGCCAUCCAUCGAACCUGGGGCUCUCCUUGGGGUAUAACCUUUGUACUUCUACUACUUUCUUUCUCAUAUCCUACCUGCAAAUUACUUCCUCGCAUGGUCUUUAUUAUAUUUUUAUAUUUCUCUUUUAUUUUGUUCCAUGCAUGGUAUGAUCUUCUUAUAUAUAUGUGUGUGUAUAUGCUUAGCUUGUAUAAUGUUGGCUUCUCCAACUUUCAUUUCAUGUCCAUGGAACAGAAAGUGAGGGCAAGGAUUGGCUGCUGCUAUAUGAAAGUAAACUGUAAUCUUGUGUACGUCCAACUUAUUUCUCCCAGAUUUUGGCU